UAUAUCAGUAAUAUGUUCAGUGCUCAACAGCAUCCACCCGAUCCUUGUUACGAGGAUUCGAACCCUAAACGAUGUAUUCCAGACUUUGUGAACGCGGCUUUUGGAAUGGAAGUAGUGGCUUCGAGUACUUGUGGCUCACCACCAAGUAGGUACUGUAAGUCCACCACGGACAAAGAGGGCAAGAUCAUUCGAAACUGUUUUAUUUGUGACGCAAAUCAUCCGAAAAGAAAACAUCCGUCAAAAUACUUAACAGACUUAAAUAAUCCCAAUAAUUUAACUUGCUGGAUGUCAGAACCUUUUGUUCAGUAUCCCAAUAAUGUAACCUUAACCUUAUCUUUAGGUAAAAAAUACGAAUUGACUUAUAUUAGUUUACAAUUUUGUUCAGCUCGUCCCGAUUCAAUGACAAUCUAUAAAAGUGUUGAUUAUGGUAAAACGUGGAUCCCAUUUCAAUAUUACUCAAGUAAUUGUAAAGAAAUGUAUAAUAAAGCCCCCAGCGCCAUUGUUACGAAAGCUAACGAGCAGGAGGCAUUAUGUACCGAGGCCUACAGCAACAUCGACCCCCUUAGUGGCGCGAGGGUGGCCUUCAGUACGUUAGAAGGGCGACCAUCUGCUUAUGCAUUCGAUCAUAGCCCCGUACUUCAAGAUUGGGUUACUGCUACUGAUAUUAAAGUUGUCUUUAAUAAAUUAAAUACGUAUGGUGAUGAAGAGAAAGAUGAAGAAGGAGCCAGAGAAAGCUAUUAUUAUUCUCUAUCUGAUUUUGCUGUUGGUGGUAGAUGUAAAUGUAAUGGUCAUGCCUCUCAAUGUAUCCCAUUAAAGAAUGGUCGUUUAGGAUGUGAUUGUAAACAUAAUACUGCUGGUGAUGAUUGUGAAAGAUGUAAACCAUUCCAUUAUGAUCGACCUUGGUCUAGAGCUAGUGCUAGAGAAGCAAAUGAAUGUGUCGCUUGUAAUUGUAACCUUCAUGCUCGUCAAUGCCGGUUCAAUAUGGAGUUAUAUACUCUAUCAGGUUAUAAAAGUGGAGGAGUAUGUUUAAAAUGUCGUCAUAAUACUGCUGGCAGAAACUGUAAUUAUUGUAAAGAAGGUUACUAUAGGGACAGAAGUAAACCUAUAACCCACAGAAAAGCUUGUAAAGCUUGCGAUUGUCAUCCUGUUGGAGCCCUAGGUAAAACCUGUAACCAAACAACUGGACAAUGUCCAUGUAAGGACGGGGUUACUGGACUGACCUGUAAUAGAUGUGCUAAAGGAUAUCAGCAAAGCAAAUCUCCCAUUGCACCAUGCAUCAAGAUUCCUGUAACUGAUAUGAGGGGACCCAACCGCCAACCAACUCAAGAAGAUAGUUGUAAAAAAUGUAAGAAAAGAAGCCGAAGAUUAAGUAUUAAAAAAUUCUGUCGACGUGAUUUUGCUAUCCAUGCCCAAGUUGUUUCCCGAGAAAAAGUUGACGAUUGGGUGAAAUUUACCAUCAACGUUUUGAAUUCCUACAAACGAGGUACCUCACCAAUUGACCGCGCUAGACGUGGAGGAACGUACCUAUGGGUACCCAAGAAAGAUCUGCAAUGUAAAUGCCCGAAGAUUCGAUUAAGUCGUAGGUAUUUAAUUGUGGGUAAACACAAGAGAAAUGAUAGCCGCAGUGGAUUUGUCAUAGAUAGGAAAAGUGUGGUGAUAAGAUGGAAAGAUAAAUGGCAACGUAGAUUACGACGAUUUGUCAAACACGAACGACGUGGAAAGUGUCACAACUGAUCGAAACUGAUCUUAAUAUACUUUAAAGUGCUGUUUGAAUUAUACCUCGAACUAAGUAUAUAAACUGAGAUUUGGAUGAGAUUUUUAGACAAAAUUGAAGGAGUUGUGAUAUUAAAAAAAAACACAUAUUUUGACGGAACUGUUGAAAAAUGCUGAGAUCUAAGUGUUGUUACUUUGACGUUAUAGUUUACCGUUCAUUGUAAAUUAUUUUAUUGUGUUGUAUAGAGUUAUUGUUUUUAAAGUAAUUUUAUUUAAUAAUAGCGACUUUCAUCUUUGAAAUAAUUAUCUGGAACUACUGAUGUAUAUAUUAUUAUCAUUAUAAUGUUAUUAUUAUUUACGAGAUAUUGGUGUAAUAUGAAUGUUCUUGAAGCGCGGAUGAUGUUCCAUAUACCAUAGAAAGUUUAACGUACAGUUUCGGUACCAUCUUAUAUAUUACCAAUGCUGGCAUGG